GUGGCGAGCGAUCGACCCCAUUCCGUGCCGUCCCGAGUCUCUUCUCUUGACACGACCUGCGGAAAGCAAAAAGGCAAAACCUCAGUGAGUCCUGUCCACGCCGAUGUACUCCUUCGAGCAGCAGGACCACACGGCGGCAGCGCGUACUACUACCGGUACCGCCACGCUCGACACGACGAGCUACCUGCAGCCCUGUGCCGGCGCAGCUGCAGCUGCCCGCUCGCUCCAGCUCCCCGCACAUCACCCAGGCCACCAGGCGCUCCGGACAGCGCCCGCCGUGCCGCCGCGGCGCGGCAAGAGCGCCAAGAAGCACGCGACGGCGGCGGCGGCGCGGCACUCGCCGUCGCCGUCGUCGUCGCGCCGCUCCUCGACCACCGUGGUCGCGACCGACGUGGCCAACUUCCGGGCCAUGGUGCAGGAGCUCACCGGCUUCCCGCCCGCCGCCAUCUUCCGCCCGCUGCCGCGCAGGGUGCACGCGGCCAGCCCCUUCGUCGCCGUCGCCGCGGGGCAGGGAUGUGGACACGGAGGUUCGGAGGCCACGAACAGUAGCACUGCCGGCGCCGGCAGCGGCAGCGGCAGCGGCAGCAGCCCCGGCGACGCACCGGCCGUGCCGCCUGUGGCGCUGGCGGCGCAGCAGCAGCCGCAGUUCGCGCCGCUGGGCGUGUUCGACGGCCUGCCCGACCUCGGGUCGCCGGAGUUCGACUCCUGGGGAGACUUGUCCAUCGAUUAAGUACUCGGUGGCAGGCUAGGUCUGAAGGAACGAUUGCUCAAGGAUGGUAAUCGGUGGGGGUAUUUGCUAAUUUCGUUGUGAUCAAGCGUGUUGUGUUUAUUAUCUAUGUGCGUGCACGUGACCAUGUGUUGGCAGUUUAGCCACCUGUGGCAGUAGUGCUUGUUGCUUUCACAAGAUAAAAAAAAACAUGCUGAGCUCAUGUGACGCAAA